AUUCAAUCAUUGCCAGCCCAGCCAAGUUCCGUAUUUUCUUUUUCUGACAUAGACUGAUAACUAAGUUAUCAUCUGCAGUAUAAUCAGCAGAGAAAAGUCACCCGCCUGCUCGGCAGCUCAGAAAAAUCCAUACAAAAUCAGCACCCCUCAUUUGAAUCCAAGAACACAUGCAAAGAUCAAUACUUUAUCUGAUUCUGAUGACGAAAAUCCUUUUUCUGAGUUCAUUUUGUUGGUUUUUGAAGUCAAAACAAGGCCCUCGUUUGAGGUUUUCAGUUAUUUUGUGUAAUUUACACUCGCACGCGGUUUCAAGAAACAGUCUUUGGUAAUCCACAAUCAGGGCAAGAAGACUCCUUUUUCUUUAGACCCUUUUUAUCUCUUUUCCCCUGUAAUUUACUGUUGAUUCGUCUUUUCAACUCUGUUCCUUAACUUUCCGGGGAAUGUUCUGCUCUUUCUGGUGGGCUGGACUGAGUCAACUCGGUUUAUGAUUGGAGGGUUCUUCAAGAAACUUGUUGUAUUGGAGUUUCUGGUGUAAGUUUGAUCAUGCUAAGUUGAAAAGAAUUGUGGGUUUGUGUUAGUUUGUGAUUAAUGAAAGAGUUUUGGGGACCUGAUAGUCGUCUCUUGGCGGCAUUACUGGUAUUCUGCCUUUAUCUGCUGAACUUAAGUUUAUGCUGGUCUCUCAAUGAUGAAGGUGUGGCCUUGCUGAGGAUUAAAGAGAAAGUUGUAAGUGAUCCACAUGGGGCUUUGUCAAAUUGGAAUGAUGAAGCGAGAGUAGAGAGCCCAUGUUCAUGGUUUGGAGUUGAGUGUUCAGGAGGAUAUGUUGUCGCUUUAAACCUGAAAGAUCUCUGUUUAAGAGGUACUCUGGCUCCUGAUGUUGGGGAACUGGUUCAUGUGAAAUCUAUCAUUCUGCGCAACAAUUCAUUUUCGGGUGUCAUCCCCGAAGAGAUUGCAAAUUUAAGGGAAUUGGAAGUAUUAGACCUUGGAUAUAAUAACUUCAGUGGACAAGUUUCAUGUCGGUUUGGCAAUAAUUUGUCGAUGCUGCUCCUUUUACUUGACAACAACGAGCUUCUUGACAGCAGAGAUCCUGAGAUAUAUGAACUUCAAAAGCUAUCUGAAGCUCAAGUGGAGGAGGACCUGUUAUCAAGCACCAAACGGCCGUCUUCUUGCAAUGAACUAAUAAUCUCCCGAAAUUCGCUGCAAACAGGAGAUGGGGUGACCCGGAAAUUGUUACAAGAACCUCCCUUUGCACGAAGGCCAGCCUUCAGCUUUUUCCCUCUUUUUCCACCCCCAGAAUCCAUAGUAAGAAAUGAACCUCCCCCUCCAACUCUGAUUCCGGAUCCUGAGCCAGAUCCAGCUGAGGAUCCAUUUACUCCAGCUCCAGCUCCAGAUCCAAAUCUAUCUCCGGUUCCAUCUACUGGGCCGUCAACAUCUAACCCUUCACCUUCUCCUGCUAAUCCUAUAUCUCCAUCUUCACUCCCAACCCCAGCAGCAGGGCCUCAAGCACCAGCUCAACAUUCUCGGAGACAUCAUAAUCGACUUCUGAUAGUUUCUGCAGCCUCUGGAGGUCCUCUGUUACUUCUUGUAAUAAUCGGCAUCUUCUUUUGGCAAAGUGGUAAGGUUGCUACUGUCAAGCCCUGGGCUACAGGAUUAAGUGGACAACUGCAAAGAGCAUUUGUAACUGGAGUCCCAAAGCUCAAAAGAUCUGAACUUGAGGCUGCAUGUGAAGAUUUUAGUAAUGUGAUUGGUUCUUCAUCAUUGUGUACUUUGUAUAAGGGUACAUUGUCAAGUGGAGUCGAGAUAGCAGUCGCAUCCAUUUCAGUGGCAUCUGCAAAGGACUGGUCCAAUAGCCAGGAAGCCCAGUUUAGGAAGAAGAUCGACACACUAUCAAAAGUGAAUUACAAGAAUUUUGUUGGCCUACUUGGAUAUUGUGUGGAAGAGGAGCCGUUCACGAGGAUGAUGGUUUUUGAAUAUGCUCCCAAUGGAACUCUCUUUGAGCAUCUGCACAUAAAAGAAGCUGAACACUUGGAUUGGGCAACGCGAUUGAGGGUAGCAAUGGGCAUGGCAUACUGCCUUCAGCACAUGCACCAAUUGACGCCGGCAUUAGCCCACAGAAACUUCAACUCCUCAGCCGUGUAUCUGACGGAUGAUUAUGCCGCUAAAGUAUCCGACUUAGCCUUCUCCAAUGAUGGGUCUUCAUCUGACAACGAUCCUAACAUUCAGAACAAUGUUUACAGCUUUGGCAUCGUGCUAUUUGAGAUGAUAACUGGUAAGCUCCCAUACUCAGCAGGCAGUGAUUCCUCUGACGACUGGGCUUCUGAUUAUUACCUCAGUGGAGCACAACCUCUACGAGAAAUGGUCGACCCAACUUUGGAGACGUUUCAGGAAGAUCAACUUCAACUACUUGACAGUGUGAUAAAAUCUUGUGUCAAUCCAGACCCGAGACGGAGACCGACUAUGGUAGAAGUCUGCGCAAGGCUGAGGGAGAUAACGGGGAUAGAUCCUGAUGGAGCGGCCCCGAAAGUUUCACCUCUUUGGUGGGCAGAACUGGAGAUUUUGUCGACUGAGGCAAGCUGAAUGCGAAAAGCUAAAACUGUAAUCGCUCGAACCUUGCGCGUUUCCCAGUAUAUUCAUUGAAAUGUGGUGGGAAACCUUUCCUGCUGGUUUGUAAGUAAUGCAGGAACUGGGAAUGUGUAUAUAGUGAGGUGGGGGAAAGAUUUGGUGAAGUUUUCUGAUUGUUUCUUUUUUUUGCUGAACAGAGACUUGUUCCAAAAAGUGCAAAUUACAAAGGCAAAUUUGAGUUUA